AUAUUCUACCAAAUUCGUGCAUCGCUACCACGAACCCAUGUCCGUUGGCUGAAUGUCUCAAGAUGGCGGCUGCAAGGUUGGGACGAUCCUUGGGCAACUGUUUAUGUUCUGGAAGAAGUAUUUCAGCAACAACCAUUUCUAAAGCAGUUAGGAAUUUUUCAUCAUGUGCCUUGAUUACAUCACAUAAAGCUAGUUCAAAUAAAACUGGACAAUAUCAGCAACGGCGUCACUUGUCUGUACACGAAUACAUUGCAAUUGAUAUGCUUCGUGAAGCUGGGAUAAAUGUUCCAAAAGGUGGUGUGGCUAGAACUCCUGAAGAGGCUUACAAAGUAGCCAACUCAAUUGAGACGCAUGACUUUGUUGUUAAAGCACAGGUACUUGCAGGUGGUCGAGGUAAAGGUCAUUUUGAUGGAGGAUUGAAAGGAGGUGUAAAGAUUGUUUAUUCGCCAGAAGAGGUCGAAGAUAUUUCUUCUAAAAUGUUGGGCAAAAAUUUAUACACAAUACAAACAGGUGAUAGUGGAAGGCCUUGUAAUGAGGUGUUAAUUGUGGAGCGUUUGUAUCCACGAAGAGAAUAUUACUUUGCAAUUACACUUGACAGAAAGGCAAAGGGCCCACUGUUAAUUGCAAGUUCUCAAGGUGGUAUGAGCAUCGAAGAUGUAGCUCGUGAAAAUCCGGACGCAAUAAUUACUCAGCCAAUAGAUAUUUUUAAAGGUUUUGACAAAAAAACAGCUGUAGAGUAUGCCAAUCGGCUUGGGUUUACUGCUGGUUGUGUAGACAGUGCUGCUGAUAUAUUUUUAAAACUAUAUAACUUAUUUAUCGAAAAGGAUUGUACGUUACUAGAAAUUAAUCCGUUCACUGAACUCAACAAUGGAGAUGUAAUGUGCAUGGACUGCAAACUAUCCUUUGACGACAAUGCUCUUUUUCGCCACAAAAACAUCGCUUCUCUAAAAGACUGGACCCAAGAAGAUCCACGUGAAGUCGAGGCAACAAAUUAUGACUUAAAUUACAUUGGUCUUGAUGGUUCAAUCGGUUGCUUAGUAAACGGUGCUGGUCUCGCCAUGGCUACGAUGGAUAUUAUCAAACUACAUGGAGGGUCGCCUGCUAACUUUUUGGAUGUGGGUGGAGGUGCCACAGCUGAGGCUGUAACAGCUGCUUUCAAACUGAUUAGUUCGGAUCAUAAAGUGAAAGCUAUUUUGGUGAACAUUUUUGGUGGAAUUAUGAAAUGUGAUGUAAUCGCAGAAGGGAUUAUUGAAGCAGCGAAGACGUUAAACCUUCAAUUGCCACUAGUGGUGCGUCUACAAGGAACGAAUGUUGACGAUGCAAAAGCUCUGAUUGCAACUAGUGGGUUGCGUAUUCUACCUUGUGACGAUUUAGAGGAUGCAGCUCGAAUGGUUGUGAAGCUUGCUGAUAUAGUCAACAUGGCACACGAAGCCAACAUUCAUGUCAGUUUCCAACUGCCCAUUUAGACAGCUACAAAUCGCAAAUUUGUAUUUAAUUAUGUCUUUUUAAUAUCGUCUGUAUAAAUAUAAUUAUAUAUGUUAA